ACUGUCAUAAGUGGUGUCGUUUCUAUGGUUAGCGAUAUAAUAAAUAGACUACAAACUAACGGCAUGGUGGACAUAUCAUCUCUUAGACCAUGUCUGGAGUUUGCGUACGCAAGAGGCAAUAAGCAGAUCUGUGAUUUAUUGGAAAAAUUCACGAUGUCGGUGUCAAGAAAUAUCAUGUCUAUAGACUUUUGCCUCAAACUGUUCUCCAUUGCUGUUCGAAAAGGUAAUGAAGAAGUCUGCAUAUCGUUACUACAUUCGCGGAAUUUAAAUGUUAUGAAUGCGUCGGUAUCUGGAAUGAACAACUUAGACUAUGCUUGUAUGUACGGAAUGAAGACUGUUGUGGACGAAAUGAUUCAGAAUGUACAACCCAGUGAGCUCAAUUCUGUUAAUGAAGACAAGAUGAAUGCAUUGGAUUACUCCAGAGCUUUCGGACACAUUGAACUAUCCACAGAUCUGGUGGAGACAUACAGAGCACGAUCAUUUCAGGACAGUAGAACAUUGAUGCAUUAUGGGUGGCUGAGCCACUGUCUGCGUCAAAAUAAGAAUUUCCCUCAAAGGAACAAUCCCAAGCAUCUAUACAUCAAACAAGAACGACAACCACUGACAUUAGUUACUCUAAUUCGACUUGGAGAUGAUAGUGGUGCCGUUAGUUUUAUUAAGGCCGCCCCAGAGACUGUCGUUUCUAGUUUAGAGAAGAACUACAAGAAAUACCCACUACUUCAUCUUUGCUCCAGGUACAACUGCCCUGAAACGUUGAAAUUGUUAUUCGAGUCAUUCCCAAAAUAUUCCGUUAAUGAUCUCAAGUCAUGGAGCCUUCUUGAACAUAAAGGACGUACUGCUCUAGCAGUCGCCGUGGAAUGUAACGUGGUGAACAUAGCCAAAAUACUGAAUACAGGGGAUGCGCUGGAGUGGAGAUUUCGAAAUGGUGAAACUGUUUUUCAUUGGGUGGCUAGGUAUGGCAGUUUAGAAAUGGCUGAUGUAUUAACCGAGAAUAUUUCCUCUGAUGUUUUGAGUCUAAAGGAUCAGUGUGGGUUGACUCCUGCAGCAACAGCUGUAGCUUGUGGUAAUCAGCAUAUACUACAUUUGUUAUUACCAACAGAUACUUUUGAAGGAAGUUGCCAUGGUGACCACAAAAAGACCGUAUUUGAUUGUGCCGAAUGUUUGUUAGAUUUCUGUAUCGGAUGGUUCAAACAUGCGCAGACGGGAAGACAAAUACACCCACAAAUUCUAAAUAGGAACAUUCACAAUUGCUUUAAAACGGUUGUCGGAUUUAGAGCCCAUAGAAAAAAAGGAAAAAUGGUUUACACGCAUCCAUUAGCGAAGUUACUUAUAUGGGGCCAGUGGUCAAAAUCGGACAUCUUGAUUCAAAAGGCAUUAAAUUCAAUGGGUUACCCAGCACAUACAAUUCUAGCAAAGAUGUUCUUGUUCAGAAGUAAACUUGGGGACGAUGAAUCUGUUAUGACAAUCGCCCUACGUAAACAUAUGACGGAUGUGGCUGUACAUAUUUUAAAAAAAGGAUACCCAUUUAGUACGGGUCAGUUGAGUGAAAUGAUUGUUAAUUCAGUAGGGAAUCAUAUGAAUGACCUUGUUCAAACUCUUCUUGAACUCCAGUACCCUCUUCUGACAGCAAGAAACACAGUUGGAUGUUCGGUUCUUGAUGCAGCUUAUGCAAUGGGCAACCAUACAGUGAUAGAGCUAUUUGAAUCAAAAAUGAAACCCGAUGAACGAUCUUCCCAUCUUUCGAUACUUCCUCAAAUAAUGGGCCAUGUCUCAACUCUGAUUAGGUGUCGAAUUAAACCAGGCGGGAAUUCAACAAAUGAAUUUAGUCCAAGGACGGCUGGGCUGUCCAUAUUUGACAUGUACAGGAUCUUACCUCAACAUAUUAUGACCGAAUUCUUUAACAAUUUGAACAUGGUUCAUAAUGGAUUAAUAUUAGUUCCGGUAAAAUUGUUCAACAAAGAUGUUUUCAUUGAUUCGGAGACUACUGGAAAACGGGCUGCUAAUCUCGACACUACAAAGCAGAAUGUCGUGUCAAUUAUUUUGUCCAAACUCGUAUUGGGUAGGUACCCGAAGAGACAGCACAAGUCUUGGGGAAGGUUUGAUAAAGUUGUGAUAGAAUGUCUACCCAAAGAUAGCCCUGAAGAUGCUUCAUUAGCAGUAGAGGAUGGCAUCCUGCGAGAUAGAAUUAAAAUUCACUGGAAUGAAGCAAUCCAAAAGUUAACAGUAGAAACAGCAGAUGUCGUGAGUGGUGUUGCAGAUGAAAUGCGUCACAGAAAAAUCAUCAAUGAUAUCAUGAUACCCAAAUUGAACGAACAGAUUAAGAUGCAUCUGCCGAAUCUUCGACUUGAUGUAAGAAUCGACUGGUCUUCGAUUGAUAAUAUAACCAAUAUGGAGGAGAGAGAAAGUGUAGUUAAGGCAUUGGUUACAGAAGAUUCAACAAAUCCACUGUCAAGAUUAACUAAAACUGCUGCAACCUGUGGACAGUUGAUACAAGACAUUUCAUCGAUGCUGAACAAGGCCUCGACCCAAUUCGUAAUCCGUAUCUUUAAAUAUGUAUCUAGCAUCACCGUCCAAUAUGCACCAGGAGAAGAUAUUAUAGAAAAUUUUAAUCUAGAUCCAGCAGACACCCUAAUCUGGAAAUUCGAUUUGAACAAAUCCGGUUCAAGGUUCCUUUUAUUAACAAUCCUGGAAGUUUGUCAUUCUGCUUGUGUUGGUAUUCUUGAUGGCCUUAUUAAGUUGUCACGAUCACCAAGAUGCAUAAAAAGAACAAAAUCCCAAAUUUCGAAAGCCAAAAAUAAGAAAAACAAAAUGAAGGUGAAUAUAGACUGGAACUCGUUUUCUAAAACUCAAAAUGCUGCUGAUUUAUUUACAUUAUUUCGGCAAUGUGUAAGUCUACAGCUAUCACGACUGGGCGCAACAUAUGACGCCCUGUCAUAUCUGGACUUGGAUAUUGAUGAACUGUUUAUAACAACAGCCCCUGCACCUGAUCGUGCAGGACUGGAAUAUAAUCACAAAAUAUUAACAGUUAUGAUUUAUAUCUACAAUCCAAACGAAGGCACGUGGAUGACAACGGAGAUUGACUUUAAAUCUAAGCUGGUAGAAUUACAAGCAGAUCAGUUGAUUGCAGAUUGGUCCACAAAGACAGGACUUCAGGGAAGACGUCAACAGUUUUUCAAAUCAGUUGAGUCACUUCACACUAGCACUGGUGUUGACGUCUCUGUGAAAUAUCCAGAAAAAGAACUGCUGAGCUUUAUUUGUACACAGAAAUAUAUGGAAAUGGCAACCCCCUUUAAGCAGGUGCACUAUGAAUUACGACAUAUAGCAUCCGUUAUAAGAGAUGGCCUUGGGAAAGAAUUGACACCAUAUCUUGAAUGUUCAAAUUGCUUUUGGAAUCUUGGAAAAUGUGAUGCCAAGGCGGGUAAAUGGUGCUGGAUAACAUCAAACGAGACCGAUUCAGUCCCUUUAUCAACCCAGCUUUUAAUAUUACUCAGGACUAAGCUUAAUAAAAUCGUCCUUAAGACCGUUACCAAGGAUACCCUGACAGACGUUAUAAAAGUUAAACCUGUUUUGAUUUGGAUUCAUGUGGACUCAUUUCCUUCUAAUAUAGACGGUAAUUGGAAGGAGAGGUUCCAAAUAGUUAUUGUUAAUGGUCAAGUUUUCUUUGUUUCCGAUGCUGAGAAAGCUUUGAAAAUUUAUGAUCGUCUACCAAAGACUUUUGGAUAUCCAUUUUCACAGGAGGAUUCUGAUGUUGUUAUAAAGACAUACAACGCUUUAUCUGACACCAUCUUUCUAAAAGAUAAAUAUACAAACCAGAGUCACAAGCUAACCAAUGCCCUGUAUUAUUGCAGGUGGUUGAGCACGGCACAGCAGGGACACAGGCUGUCUUUCGAAGGCAUAGAUAUGGAAUCCUUGAACGAAUUAGAUAUUUUGGGUAUCAGGGAUAUAUUGUCCGACCGUGAUUCUUACAUUAAGAAAAAUAUAUCUCCUCGCGGAUCUGUUACUGUUCAUGUUGAUGGAGGUACUUCUGGAAAUGAUGCUUCUGUGGGUCAUGAUAUCCAGGCUACUCCAGAAGGGGAUGUUUGUAUUAAUGUCUUUAAAAUGAAAGAAAAUGAGAUAGUUGCUGAUACUGAAGUGUCAACCGAAACUCCACCUGGUCUAUUAGCAGACUAUGAUGACUGCGAUGUUCCAAUUGAAAACAAUGAAACUAAUGACGAUUACAGAUUAAAACUCAGAAUUAAAAGAAAACCAAUGAGAAAGAAUAUACCGUUAAUUCCACGCAUUGAACAGAAACUAAGUAAGAAUAAAAAGGUUUUGGAGAGAGUGACAUCUAAGUUAUUGGAUGUAGCUGGAAUUGGAAGCACUGCUGUAAUUCAUAAACUGCUAGAUGUAGGCGCAAACAUCAAUGCUGUGGAUUUGAAUGGGUGUACACCAUUAAUACUGGCUGCUAAAUCAAGUCAAUAUGUGGUGGAGAAAUUGUUGUUAUCUAGAGGCGCAGAUGUCAAUAUCCGUGACGAGCGUCGAUGUUCGGCAUUACACUAUGAAGCAGGAAAGGGUAAUUCUGAUUCUGUGUUGCUAUUGGUAACGCAUGGUGCUAAGGUUGACGCCAAAGACAAGCUUGGAUGGACUCCAUUACGAUAUGCUAUAAACAACAGCCAUCUAACCACUGCUGAUAUGUUAGUUUUCUGUGGAGCUGAUGGAACUAUUGUUGAUAAGAAGAAAGAAUCACCCAUACAUGUAUGUGAUGACCCAGCUACAUUAAAAUUGAUGAAGGAAGGUGAAAGAACUAUUUAUGGUUUUAAACAUGGGUUGGUAACGACUGAGUUUGCUAUACUUGAAGCAGGAAAAUCACAGAAAUUAUGGAAGAUCAACCUCGCAUUAUCAAUCCCAUCGUCUCUUGGAACCGGUGCUAUAUAUUUUAUCUGUCGACGAGUGCAACCGGAAUAUUGUCGGCCAUCUUUAAAACCUGUUGAAAAGGAAUGGUUUUUGAGUGACGUGUUUGAAUACAGAUGGACUGGCAUUCAUCUCAAAGACUACAUCACCGUCUCCAUCCCAGCUUAUUCAAAAGCAGACGUCUUUGAUGACGUAUAUCUGAAGACAGAUAAAGGGAUUUGUGAGGAAUGUCCUGUUGAAUUUAAACAAGAUGGCGAUGAGUUUAUAUGUAGCUUCAAGAUCAGACUGGUUGAUAUGAACGCCUUUGUUCUGGUAGCUAGACCAAAGACUGACAGGUUCCUGCUAACACCAGAAGGAAGAAAGUUUACAUCAGCAAUCGACCAUUUGGUACAAGUCGACGUUGGUCCUGGAUCAGUUCAUCAAAAUGGAUACCUUUAUUUAGAGGUCAUCCCAAAGCCGGAAGUAAAUGAAAAUGAACUUGGUAAUGUUUUAUCAUUCUCCCACUUCUAUGAGUUGAGUCACUCAGAAAACCUUCUACUACCCUUUGACCUCAAAGUGACCUUGCCCUUACCUAUAGAUUAUUUUGGAAAUGGCGAUCUGUAUGUGUUGGCUAGCACCAUCGAGAAAGUUGGCUCUGAGGAAGAGAUAACCAGUCGUAUUAUCCAAUCAAAUCCAAUUACUACUGGCGGUGUUGUAACAUUUAUGUUGUCCGUACCUCAGUUCACUUGUUGUAAUUUAUUGGAGUGGUGUAAUAAACCAGAAGACAUGUGGCUUGACAGAGAACAAAUUGUCAUCGAUACAAACAUUAAACUGCUGCAAAAAGCACGGAGACGGGGAUACAGUGCUGUCUUCAUGACUCUCGUCAAACCAGCUGAAGCUGCUCAAAAUGCUGGAACUGAUCAUGAUGCUGAAACGGUUGUCGAAUGCGCAAGAAACAACAAUGUAUACAGCCGAUUGCGUCAUUGGGAGAACCAGGGUUUCAAGGCUCAAGUUCCAACCUUCACCAAAGAAGUUUGUGUGUACCCAGAACAGGAAUUCGAGUUGGAUAUUGAAGGAAACGUCUCCAAAGUCGGUCAUACAGAGCAGAGACUACAGUUCCAUCCUUAUCGUAAGAAUUUUCACAAGAUGCGAGUGAGUGUAAAUGACUCCGAGAAGGAUCAGCAAGGCUGGGUAGAUGUUCGUACGCAACGUUUAAAAUCACUUAGAAAAAAGAAAGCACCGCCGCCAGGUGCCCCUCUGGCUAAAAUGAUGAUUGAUCUAUUAAUAAAUAAACCAGAUCAAGCAGAAGUUAAAGCCAAAUGGAAGACAUUCCGUCAAGCGGAAAUAUCGAAGGCUAGUUCAUCAGGGACUCCAGCAAUAACAGAUCAUUCGGAAGAUAAAAUUCAUACUCCUUUUAAAGGUUUUAUGACGGACAGCCUAGUGAUGAAGCUGUCUAGAAGAAUACGUUCAGGUAGCACAAGUUCUCUCUGA